AGGAAGAAGGAAGAGAGAGAGAGAAAGCGCGGCGGCGGCGGUGGUGGUUUAGCUUCCCAUGGCCACCCUUCGCUCCUUCAUCUCCUCGUCCUCUUAUUCUUCUUCUUCUUCUUCUUCUUCUUCUUCUUCUUCUCUUCCUCUAAUCCCUGCUCCUCAGCUGCUUCGCUCUUCUAUACCUCCGCCGGCGCCGCCUGUCUUCCGCCGCGUCGCGAACCCUAGAAGAUUCUCCCGCAUCGUUCUCGCUUCUUCUUCUUCGUCGUCGUCGUCGUCUCCGGCUUCUCCUUUCGACGACCUCAGACGGCCGACGCGUCCGGUUCAAUCCAAGAAAACGGUGCUAUCGAAUUUGAUACAAGAGAUAGAGCCAUUGAAUGUGAGUAUCAUUCAGAAAGAUGUACCGCCUACGACUGUGGAUGCUAUGAAGAGGACUAUUUCGGGGAUGUUGGGGUUACUUCCGUCGGAUCAAUUUCAAGUUGUUAUUGAGGCUCUAUGGGGACCCCUCUCCAAGUUGUUGGUUUCUUCAAUGAUGACCGGGUAUACUCUAAGGAAUGCUGAAUUUAGACUUUGCCUAGAACAAAAUUUUGAUGUAUCUGAAGAAAAUCUUGAACAGAAAACAUCAGAAGAUUCUAAAGUUGAUUUACAAGGGAUGUUGCUUGAAAGUGCAAAUAUUAUCAAGUUUCAUUCCAAAGACGAGUCUUCACCUGAGGCCGCUGAAGUCACGGAAGACUCUUUGGGGAAUCUUGAUAUUCAAGGCCUUGGUGAAGUGUCACCUGAGGUUCAACAAUAUAUUCUUCAUUUGCAGGCUCAUUUGUCUUCUGCCAAAAAGGAACUCCAUGCUGUCAAAAGGAAAAGUGCUGCCCUUCAAAUGCAACAGUUUGUUGGGGAAGAAAAGAAUGAUUUACUAGACUAUCUAAGAUCACUACAACCCGAAAAGGUAGCUGAGCUAUCAGAACCAACAUCCACUGAACUUAAAGAAAUAAUCCACUCUGUUGUCCAUGGUCUACUUGCAACCCUUUCUUCAAACAUGCAUUCUAAAGCGCCUCCUUUAUCUGAGAAUACCUCAGCUGGAGCAAUAAAUGGUGCAAGUGAAGAUUGUGCUGAACUACUUGAGAAUACUUCACUUCAGUUUCAGCCCCUUAUUCUAUUGAGGCGGGACUACCUAGCAUGCCUCCUCUUCUGGUGCAUGCUAUUAGGACACUACCUUAGGGGCCUUGAGUAUCGAAUGGAGCUAACCGAACUUCUUGCCCUGACUAGCGAUCCUGAAGGUGAUACCCCUGAUGUGCAACAAAUUGCCUAAAUGUUUGUCCUCCCUUCCUUGCAAUUGUACAUAUAGAUGUGUUGAUAGUAUACAAAAUUUGUUUCUUUAUCAUGGAAGACACCGUAGAUGGAUUAUUUAUCCUCAAAUAUGUACAUUGUGCUUUAUUGUAAUUUGUAGUUUACCACAUUUAUCGUUCAUAAUGUCCCUUUGAGUAAUGAAGGAGAUAAUUCCAUUUC